UUUGAGAUCAUAGUCAACGCGCAGACGCAAGAAACUAGGUCCGAUAGUAACACUGUACCGGAGAUGCUUCAGAAACCCAGAGUCGGUGAGGCUAUGUUUAGUUAGGUUAUGGUAGGAGAUAGGUUAAGUCUGUGAUUGCGGUUGUGUGUCAGCGAUUCAACCUAAUGUAAAUUACAGGUUGCAGCGAAUUUUACAGAAGGAUAUUGCGAAUCAUGAACAUGGUUGCGGAUGGUGGAUUGACGCGUUCUGAAGUGUUGAUGCUUGUGGCGAGGUUGACUUGCGUCACAGCGAUCGGCUUUUUUAGCAUGAAAUGGAUCAUGAGUCAAUUAGAUCCCACCAAUAGCAAUAAAAAGCGAGCCAAGCAAAAGGCUCGUGAGCAAUUGCGUAAGUUGACUGAAUCAGGUGGUCAAAUACAGGCCUUCGAUUUAGAGCAGUUAACCGAUUAUGAGGUGAUAAUAGCUACUCAUUUGGUGGAUCCAAAUGACAUGAAAGUUUCAUGGAACAAUAUCGCUGGUUUGGAACAUGUUAUUCAGGAACUCAAAGAGACUGUCAUGUUGCCCAUAGAAAGAAAGGAACUGUUUGAAGAUUCUCAGCUGAUGCAAGCACCAAAGGGAAUAUUGUUGCAUGGUCCGCCAGGUUGUGGCAAAACUAUGAUUGCAAAGGCUACCGCUAAGGAAACAAAAACGUGCUUUAUAAAUCUGGAUGUCAGUAUCCUUACUGACAAAUGGUAUGGGGAAAGCCAGAAACUAACCGCUGCUGUUUUUUCUUUAGCAGUGAAACUUCAGCCUUGCAUCAUCUUUAUUGAUGAGAUUGAUUCCUUCUUGCGAGCGCGUAAUACACAAGAUCAUGAAGCUACGGCUAUGAUGAAGGCUCAGUUCAUGUCACUGUGGGAUGGUUUGAUAACUGAUCCUUCGUGCACAGUAAUUGUAAUGGGAGCUACCAAUAGACCUCAGGAUUUAGAUAGGGCAAUUCUGCGGCGCAUGCCAGCGACUUUCUAUAUCUCUUUACCAAAUGAACAACAACGAUUAGAUGUACUGAAGUUAAUUUUGCGGAACGAACCGAUAGCCGAUAACGUGGAUAUUCCGAUGUUGGCGAAGCAGACAGAAGGCUUUUCCGGAUCGGAUCUACAAGAGCUAUGUCGGAACGCGUCCAUUUAUCGUAUUAGAGAUUAUUUACACACGCACUCGUCGAAAGCUACAGACGACGAGGAGUAUCACGAUGCGGUACGACCCAUCACGAUGGAAGAUUUAUUGAAAUCUUUUAAGAACAUGCGAAUGUCAAAACUACACACGGGUUUAUUUGGCACAGCGAAGCCACCGGAAUUGGAUUGAAGAAAUUAAGGAAAAAGUAUCCCUUUACAUCUUUAAUUAGCUAUAAUUUUGACGAUUUUCCACGUUAUAUUUGCAAUGUGAAAUCACAGGGAUAUUUCAUGUUGACUUUUUUCCGGGUCAUUACUGUUAAGAAAUUUUUAUUAGAUUUGUUUCCAACAUUAUAUCGGGGUAACGCAUAGAAUUAUAAUUUAGUUAUUUCAGUCAUAUUUAUAAUUUCACGAUAAGAGGAAAAGACAUUGCAUAGAUAAAAUUUUUAAUGAGAUAAAAUAGUAUGAGGUAAAAUGAGUUGCGCGGUAAGAAAUACGGUAUGAUCGCAUCAUGAUGUAAAACACGCACGAUGAUGAAAAUGUACGAUGUAUGAUGAGAAUGUAUGAUGAGGAAGAGAGGGGAAAUAUUUAAUAGAAUAUUUAUCUGGAUUGGAUCUACAUAAAAUCUUAAAAAUUUCAAUUUUGUACAGUGUUUUAAUUGCUAUCGAGUCUCUACAAAAUUGCGAUUCUCAAUAAUUGUUAAGAUAUACAAUUCACAAUACGAUUUGCAGUUAAAAAUAGAGCAACAUAUAUAUCCAAAAUGUAUUAUUGGCACAGUGGGACGUGCAAUAAAUUACAGAAAAAUUUACAUAGAACAAUUUUGAAUAAUAUGGCCCAUAAAGGUUGAUCGAUAAAGGAAAUGAGAGAUGAUAAGGUCCGUUUGUUACUAAUUGUAUCGUCGCAAGGACAACGCAAAAGUGACAUGCAUAUAGAUUUACUUGUUCGCAUUAGAGUCUGGAAGUCUCUGAGGCUCUAGUAUACCUCAUUGCUAUAAUAUAUUUUUGCAUAUAAUACAUUUGAUUAGAUUAAGCCUUUGAAGUGGCACACAAAAUGUAUUUUUGUGUUAUCAAACAAUAGAUUAAUUUAUAUUUAAGUUAAACAACUGGAGCUGGAAUGAUAAAAAUUAUUACUACAAAACUAAAUUAUAAUAUAUUUAUAUAUUUUCUGUAACCUCUCUAGUAUUUAAUUACUUGAGUGUUUAGGUCGAUAUCGCUUGUAAAUUUUGUACCUUAAAUAUAGAGGGAUAUAGAAGGAUAUAAAGAAGAAAUAUUAAAACAUUCUUAGAUUAAAUUAUCAAUUACAUAUCGACAAAGAUAUACAUAUAUAUAUGUGUGUAUAUAUAUAUAUAUAUAUUACAUAUAGACAAGGAUUUUUUGUAUUGUAGUUUGUUUCAACUGUAAACACGUACGUCUGGAUAUAAUAUGAAUGCACACUGAUACAUUUUUCCUCUUUCUUUUAAUCUUCGAUUGUUCUUUUCUUUUAACAAACUGCUGCAAACUUGACCUUAACUUUUAUGUGCCAUUCGCGGCUUCAUUUCGGACCAGCGAUUAUGCCUUAACAAUUAUUGAUUACGAUUUUCAACUGUCUGGAUAUUAAAGAGUACAAUUAAAAAUCGUAAGAAACUCGAUAAUACAAAUGUUAAAGCAUAUAUGCUGAUCUUGUAUAUACAUGUAAAAAACAAAGUACACAAGACAAUGUUUAAUAUAGAAGUUAUCUAGAAACGGUUAUCGCAACUUUAAAUUGACAACUUACUUAAUUAGGGAAAUGUUCCGUGUUAUCACUUCGGUGAAUAAAGUAAAAUAACUAUAUAAUAAUAGCAGAAUAAAGUAAAACUAUUGAGCUAUUGAGAGAGCACCAAUAUUAUGUAAAAAGAGAGAAAUAAUGAAUUUGCGAAACAUUUUCAGAUCAAGUAUUAAAAACAAGUGGGUAAUAUGAAAUAUAUAUGUAUAAUUAAUGGAUACAAAGCAGAAAUGUAUGACAGUAAAUAUGACAAACGUUAAAAUAAAAGCAUAAGGGAGAGCCUCUGUAAAA